AUGUCGCAGCCUCCCUUCCUACCCUGGGGACUACCCUACCAGCACAGGUUUCACAGAUGUAAAGGGGAGGAAGACAGAUUAGAGUAUAGAGACUACCAGCACAGAUGUACCAGUUACAGCAAAGAAGAUGAGAACGAAGUUAGAGAGGAGCCCGUCACCAGCAGUGAGCCUUGGGGAGAUAGACGAGUGAGCAGUUCCCAUUCAUCAUCUUCCCGAGCUGAGGCCUCGUCUCCACACACACACGUCACGACCACACAUUCUGGUGGUCGUCGAGGUGCGCUCCAGUUGUGGCAGUUUCUCGUGUCAUUAUUGGCAGAGGGAGCCCGCUGCGUCGCUUGGACCGGGAGAGGACUGGAGUUUAAGCUUCAUGAACCAGAAGAAGUGGCGAGACGAUGGGGCGCGCAGAAGAAUAGACCGGCCAUGAACUACGACAAACUAUCAAGAUCACUGAGAUAUUACUACGAGAAAGGGAUCAUGCAGAAAGUUGCAGGUGAGCGCUACGUCUAUAAAUUCGUGUGUGACCCUGAAGCUCUAUUCAGCAUGGCUCGCGCGCCAGCCCCGGCGCCCUAUGACGUCAUCUCCCAGCUCUACUAUCCCCCCUACCUGCCCCCCACUCCCAUUCCAACCCCCACUACUUCUACACAGACCGACUACCAACGCCGCUACUACCAAGAAGCACACUACGAUAACUAA